CAUGCAAAACCUUUUCAUUCACGAAAUCUCUAAGGUUAAAGUCGUUAAACCCACAUUGUUUUCCUCAAAAAUAGUUGUGGGUUCAUCCUACAAACCAGUUUUUAGUUUGUGGAACUAUAGAAUGCAAGUUACUUUUGGAGUUUAAUUUGGCUUGUCAUCAUGAAAACCGAAGACUAUAAAAGAAGGGGAAUAUUAAGGCUACCGGGAAGUUGUCGUAGUUUCAAAAAAACAAAUGAAUGGAUGAGUGCCGCUGUAACGAUCAUAGUCGGUAUUGUUUUCGGUUUCUUCAUUGGAGUAUCGUUUCCGGAUAUUUCACCACCAAAGCUCAAACUCGUACCCUCGAUUGAUACAUACAUUGGUGACAAAAAUUCGGGGCGUUCUACGCAAACAAUCUUAAAUGUGAUUUCUGUCUCAAGGGACAAUGUCUCAACCGAAGCUCAAAAACUUGAUGAUCCAUCACAGAUUUUCGUCCCAACUAACCCUCGCGGUGCGGAAAGAUUACCUCCAGCUAUAGUUGCUUCCGAAUCAGAUUUUUAUCCUAGAAGAUUAUACGGCAGACCAAGUGAGGACCCAACAUUCAAACCAAAGUAUCUUGUGACUUUCACUGUUGGUUAUGAUCAGAAAGAUAACAUUGACCAAGCAGUCAAAAAGUUUUCAGACAACUUCACUAUCCUUUUGUUCCACUAUGAUGGCCGAACAACCGAAUGGGAUGAAUUUGCGUGGUCAAAACGAGCCAUUCACAUAAGUGUUCCAAAGCAAACUAAAUGGUGGUAUGCUAAAAGAUUCCUGCAUCCGGAUAUUGUUGCACCGUACGACUUCAUAUUUAUAUGGGAUGAAGAUCUCGGAGUUGAAAAUUUUGAUGCUGAAGAAUACAUUAAACUUGUGAAGAAGCACAAAUUGGAGAUAUCACAGCCCGGAUUGGAUCUAAAAAGUAAGGGUUUGACAUGGCAUAUGACCAAGAGACAAGAAGACCUUGAAGUUCAUAAAAAAAUAAAGGGGAAACCGCGCUGGUGCACUUACCCACAUUUGCCUCCAUGCGCAGCAUUUGUGGAGAUCAUGGCUCCUGUGUUUUCUAGAGAGACUUGGCGUUGUGUAUGGUACUUAAUCCAGAAUGAUUUGGUUCAUGGAUGGGGUCUUGACUUUGCCCUACAAAAAUGUGUCGAGCCCGCAUACGAAAGAAUUGGAGUAGUAGAUGCACAAUGGAUUGUUCAUCAAGGCGUGCCUUCACUCGGGAACCAGGGAAAUGAAGAUGAUGGGAAAGCUAGAUGGAGAGGGGUGAGGGAGAGGUGCAAAAACGAGUGGAAAAUGUUUCAGGACCGCGUAUACAAAGCAGACGAAGAUUAUUACAAAUCGAUUGGUGUUGAAAAUAUGGUUCCUGAAGCGAAUUGGGUGAAUAUGGAUAAAGUUCAGUAGUAUGGUUACUUGUUAUAGAUCUUUGCUAUAUUGCAAUAUUCAAGGGAAAAAGGCAAUUGAUUAGGCUUUCAAUUUGACUGCGUUGGGUCGGGUUAGGUUAGGUCUAGUAAAGGAUAAAUUGGUUCCGUAAUAAGGUUGGGCGGGUUCAAUCUGUUAUACCCUAUGGGCUUUAUUCUUGGCUAUUGGGUUAGGCCCGACUCCAUUUAUAAUGAUGGUCACUAAAUUGCGGGCCCAAGCCCAUCUUUGAUUAUAUAAUUCAUGGAAUCUGAUUCCCAUCUUAUUUUGGAGGUUAUCAA